AUGUCAUCACCCGCCAGCCUCCCCGAUCGAUACAAGCUUAUCUUCUUCGUCCCGCCGUCCGACCUCGAAGCCUGCAAAGAAGCCAUUUUCGCGACCGGCGCAGGAGCCUUCCCGGGCGGCAAAUAUUCUAAGACAUGUUUCCAAACCGUCGGUACGGGCCAGUUCUUGCCCAACGACGGUGCGGCUCCAGCGGUCGGCGCCGUCGGGGCACUGGAGCAGUGUGAGGAGAUCAAAGCUGAGAUUAUGUGUUUGGGAAGGGAUGUGAUGCUAAAAGCGGUCAAGGAAUUAAUCAAGGCGCAUCCGUAUGAGGAGGUUGCUUAUGAGGUGUAUCGCAUGGAGAACGUUAAUCUGCCGGCGCUGAUUGGCCGCCCGCAAAACGCCCUCGUCAACUCGAAUCCCGUUCUCCUCCAACCUCCAACCUCAUCUCCUCCCCCCAUUGACCCUCGCUCAUCGCUCGCGAUGGCCUCCAGACUCUUCUCUGUCCAGCGGGCUGGCCGCCAAUUGUUCCAUCAGCUUCCCAAAUCUCAAUGCAGACCCUUUUCGGCUGGUCCGCAACGGUGCAGCGACACCCUUGCCGUGCCCACCAACAACCCGAACCUCCCGUUCCAGUUUUCCGAGCAGAACCUCAAGCUUGCCGAUGAGAUCCUCAAGCGUUACCCGCCCCAGUACAAGAAGGCCGCUGUCAUGCCCCUGCUGGAUCUCGGCCAGCGUCAGCACGGCUACACCAGCAUCAGCGUCAUGAACGAGGUUGCGCGCAUGCUCGAGAUGCCCCCGAUGCGUGUCUACGAGGUUGCGACGUUCUACACCAUGUACAACCGCGAGCCGGUUGGCAAGUACUUCCUCCAGAUCUGCACGACGACCCCGUGCCAGCUCGGCGGCUGCGGUAGCGACUCUAUCGUCAAGGCCAUCAACGAACACUUGGGCAUCACCCCCGGCCACACCACCGAGGACGGCCUGUUCACCUACAUCGAAGUCGAGUGCCUGGGCGCCUGCGUCAACGCUCCCAUGGUCCAGAUCAACGACGACUACUACGAGGACCUGACCCCCGAGUCAAUCAAGACCCUCCUGACAGCUCUCAAGGACUCUGCCAGCGCCUCUGGCGCGAACACAAAGAUUCCGGCUCCGGGCCCGCUGAGCGGGCGCGACACCUGCGAGAACAGCAAGGGGCUUACAAACCUCCACGACCCCCCGGUGUGGAACCCGGAGACAAUGAUGCGCAAGGACGGUGCGUUGGAUGAGCAGCCGCAGCAAUAA